AGACCCAAGUAUUUUUGCGGGGUGUUACUUGAUGUAAAAAGUUUUGAAAUAUACCUUUAAAGUGUUAUGUAUAUUAUACAGUUAUUGUGCUACAAAUGCUUGUGAAUUAAAUGAUUAUUGCAUCUCACUGGUGGUGGUCUGAAGGAUUGGCUUCAUGUUUUAUUAUUCGUGCAUUCAUUGAUGUUAGUGUAGUAUACUGUAGUAUACGCCCUUCAAAAAAAAAAAAAAGACCAUGUGGAAAUGUAAUGGGACCGUUCUGUCAAGUUUGACGGCCGCUGGAGGCCCCUUUAAACUCUUCCGUGACAUCACUGUUUUGUAACAGAGCUGUGAAAGAGUGAAAAGUAUGGUCACUCUCGCCUUUGUCCAGGCACCAUUGCUGUGUUAAAUCAUCCCAUUGCUCGACACCCCUCCCCCGCCCGCCUCCUCGCCCCAACCUUAGUAAAAAGUGUUUAUCUGUUACGCCAUGGUUAGAGACUUGCUAUGAAAAAUUAUUAUAAACGUUUGGCUUAAAGUAAUAUAUUAUCAUGUUCUAACAUGUAUAUAAAAAAGUCGUUUAAUGGUUUCCCCUUAGAAAUAUCAGAACGAUAUGUUUUUGCAUGAAUGCAAAACGGCCUUCUUAUUCACCCACAAUAUGAUUGAAUGGUUGGUGUAUGCUUCCAUUGUUCAAUAAUGUCAUGCGUUAAAUGGAUAAAGAUAAAUGUAUGUACAUGUCCGUAUGAAGGUUAUAAACGGUUUGUUACUUUGAUAACGUUUAGUUUUGUUAUUUCGGUUGCAGAGCUGCCAUUUGCUGAGAAGGUACUAGGUACAGUAGUACUGUAGCUAAAAAUAAAAACUCUUUGACUUAAGUGACUGGUCUGUCCAAAUAGAAGAUCUCGAGGAGUGUGACGGGUCUGGAUUGACGUCAUAGCAGGCUCGCAGCCCGCCGUUAACCCAGCUCGGACCGCAACGGACUUGUGAUUUCCUUUACUUUGGGGGGGUCAAUCGAAGUAAAUUCUCCAAAGGGGGACGCUUCAUUCGCGGCAUACGGUCCACCGGGGGCACUUUUCACGGAACACAAACCAAGCAGCUAGAGACGGUGGAGUCAGGGUGAGCCGGCAAUAACGAAACAUCUGUGACGUCGGUGCUUAUUCCGCCGGGUUUGCCUCCAGUGUAGUUAGCUGGAGGGCCACGAAAAGUUCAGUUGACUUGAACGGAUCUGAAUCCUGGGAUCGAUAAGUGGGUUCGGAUGGAGAAGAGGAAGUCGGACUGUGCAGCUCUGCCACCCGGCUGGAAGAAGGAAGAAGUAAUCAGGAAGUCUGGGUUGAGCGCUGGCAAGAGCGACGUCUAUUACUACAGUCCUACAGGGAAAAAGUUCAGGAGUAAACCUCAGUUGUCCCGUUAUCUUGGAAACUCAGUGGAUUUGGCAUGUUUCGACUUCCGGACGGGAAAGAUGAUGCCUGGCAAACUUCAGAAGAACAAACAGAGACUCCGACAUGACCAACUCAUUCUGGCAAAGGGUGGGAAGCCUGACCUGAACACGACUCUGCCCAUCAGACAGACAGCAUCCAUCUUUAAACAGCCUGUUACCAAGGUUACAAGUCACCCGGGAAACAAGGUAAAGACGGACCUGCAGAGAGCGACUGAGCAGCCCAGACAGCUCUUUUGGGAGAGAAGGUUGAAAGGUUUGCAAGCAUCAGAUGUCUCAGAGGAAGUUCUACGUACAAUGGACCUGCCUAAAGGCCUACAGAGUGUUGGUCUAAACUCAAAUGAUGACACUCUGCUGUCUGCCAUCGCCAGUGCUCUGCACAUGAGCUCUGUACCUAUCACGGGACAGACAUCGGUGGCAGCUGAGAAGAACCCAGCAAUCUGGCUGAACACAUCCCAACCGCUGUGUAAAGCCUUUACUGUGACUGACGAACAAAUCCGGGAGCAGGAGCUAAAGGUGCACCAAGCCAGGAGGAGUCUGGAGGAGGCACUUAUGGCUCACAGUUUGGCACAGGCUGCUGAAAACAGCAAAGAGAUGUUCGAGGGGAAGGCAGCCUAAAGACAAAAAAGAAGAAAGUAAGAGACAGAGUUUCUCCGUUUACCAGCCUCAGGUGUAUCGUCAUCUUCAUUUGGACCUUUAACAACAACCAAACAAAAUGGUGCAACUUUUCCUCUUCAAACAAGUUGUUCCCCUGGCUGACAUCACACAGAAAUAAUUCAAUAUUAAGGAAGCCUCCCAUUACCAGGAAUACAAUGGGUACAGGGACACAAGUAACAGCAACAGUGCUCUACAGAAAUUUGAAAAAGAGCAAGCUUCUAAAGUUGUCACUGAUCAAAACGUUUCAUAAACUUUUAAAUAAGCUCUUAAUGUGUGUCCGUUUUAAAUUUUUUUACAUUUUUUUAUGAGCAUUACCCUCAUAUUAAAUAAAAUCAGGGUGCAAACUGCUGGACGGCCUUUGCUAACUGCUUUAACUCUUCCUGUGCUCUUUAAUUAUGUUUAUGUCCAAAUUUUGUUAAAAUGCUAAAAUUGCUAAAAUCAGGGGUUUUCAUCAAAUAAUGCACAGCAAUUUGCAUGACUAUGAAACAGAGAACUUAUUUAAUAUUUUUUUUUGCUACCUUGACAGAACUGUCAUGUAAAUUUUUAGGACUAAAUAAAUGAUUAUAUUUGCAAAUGUG